UAAUUUAAUCCUCGUCUCACCUGUCUGUCAGGCUAUGGCUAUUCCUUCUCUCCCACACAAAUUAUUCUUAAUUUUGGCCAACGGAUAUAUAAAGCAGGAGAUGAUCAAGGCGUCUAUCCAAUUCUUAAUUUUUGAAUGCGGUUGGCAUUGCGGAUCCCUUGAGCUUUGGGUGCUCUUUGAUUCGCCCGGCACCCAAUUCCCAUUGCCAUUGCAGCAGCUGGGCUGGCUGGGAGAGAUUGAUUUUAAUUUUCAUGUAUCCAUCCUCCUGUGCCUGUUCCUGGCGGCCUGGCUCAAUUAUUAAUUAUAUAUAUAUAGUUCUAUUAAAUAAUUGAACAUCGAUCGAUGCUUGAGCAUGACGAUGUCGACGCUUAGGCAUUACCUGUCGGAGCACCCGCUGAUCGUGGGUUUCCGCUGGAGCCACGCCCAAUCCUGGGGCUCCACUUGGUCCUUCCUCUUCACCUCCAUCUCCCUGUACGUCCUCCUCUCUCUCCUCCUCCACCUCCUCCUCUCCCUCCUCCGACCUAGCCGCCGCCCUGUCCCCCUCGGUCCCAUUCCCGCCCUCCACUCCCUCUGCAUGGCCCUCAUCUCCGCCACUAUCUUCACCGGCAUCCUGUUCUCAGCCGCCGCCGAGAUCCGCGACACCCGCUGGUUCUGGCGCCGCUCCAAGACCACCCCAUUCCAAUGGCUUCUCUGCUUCCCCCUCGGCACCCGCCCCUCCGGCCGCGUCUUCUUCUGGUCCUACGUCUUCUAUCUCUCCCGCUUCCUCCACGCCUUUCGCACCCUCGUCGCCAUCCUGCGCCGCCGCAAGCUCUCCUUCUUCCGCCUCUUCCACCACUCCAUCCUCAUCGCCAUGUCCUUCCUCUGGCUCGAAUUCUCCCAAUCCUUCCAGGUGCUGGCCAUCCUGCUCACCACCUGCGUCUACUCCGUGGUAUACGGCUACAGGUUCUGGACGGCGGUGGGGCUGCCGGGCGCCUGCAGCUUCCCGUUCGUGGUGAGCUGCCAGAUGCUGGUCCUGGGGUCCAACAUUGUGUGCCAUGUGGGAGUGCUCUUGAUGCACUUGAUGAAGGGCGGGUGCAACGGCAUCGGGGCCUGGCUGUUCAACUCCGUCCUCAAUGCUGCCAUUCUCUUCCUUUUCCUCAACUUCUACGUUAAGAAGAUGCAUCUCCAGCUCCUCGUCAACAACAACAGAUCAAAGCCAAAGGUCGUAGUCACUAAGAAGGCCACCGCAACAUAGACCGAUCAUCUUUGGACGUACACGUACGAUCGAACGGAAGGGAACAGAAGGGACAAUAUUAAUUGAUUGAUUGAUUGUACAAGUAGGUACCUGCAGCCGGGUUUUUCUUCUUCUUUUCUGGCUUCUUUAAUUAAUUAAUUGCUUCCCUCGAUCA